GCAAAUGCACUCCACAAGCAAACAUGUUGAUCAAGGCAUUCUCCGUGCGCUCGCUGCAAAAAAAUUUGGGAGUGGGGAAUGGCGCUAACGUGCAGGUCCCGUUGCUCAAGAAGGUUACCGUGGUAUUCGGUACAGAUAAAUGUCCAGCAAAGUCGUCACUAAGCUCCUUUUACGUCAAUGAGCUCCCCCGUAUCUAUAAAAGUAAUCCUCACAUCCAAUUCUCGACCCUUCCAGAGGAAGCCGACCACUGCGAGUUAUCCCUUUCACUUGGAAAUGACCACACUGUCUCAAUUGACCUCCGAGAGUGUUUGACAUCUGCAUCCAUGUAUAACCGAAUAAUGACAGUGGCGCUUCCACCAGCGACAUCACCGCAAUGACCGAUGCAACUCGCUUGCUUUUCGGCACCAACAAGAUCGUAGAGAGGACUUGACAAAUAAUAGAGAUGCUAUAAUGUCAAACGGAGUAUGCUCAGCAGACCGUAUCUGUAGGCAUGACUGUCCUGCACUGACACGUCCGGUCUUAGACUUUUCAGCAGGCACACCAAUUAUUGGCAGCUAUGGCAUUCGCAUAAAUAAUUCAAUAUAUAAAGUGGAUACAUGCGUGCAACGG